AUGACUCUCAUCGCCAGCGCUGAGGCAGUGCGGUUGCACCACGAGCAGGCGCAACGCCUCUGCCGGGCCAUCAGCGAACGGCCGACAUCUACUGCCUCCACAACGACCACCUCCGAAACGGGGAUGUUCGCGACGCCGCCUCUUUUGACGAACGUCCCGGCCAAGCAGCUGCACGAGAUCGCCGGGAACCUGCCUACUUCGGGAUCCUCCUGCUCCGCUACCGCCGCUGCUGCCUCCCUGGCCACUGCGGCGGCUCGGCAGACACCAUCGACCGGCACCCUCGAUACAGCCGUUGCGCCCUCGACAACCCCCACGAGCUCUUCGGAUGUACUGCUUGCAGGGGAUUUCAUCGCUGUUACGGGGUUGCCGGGCGCGUCUCCCGUCGAACCGCAGUACGUCUCACUGCCGAUAGACGUAAACCUCGAAGAUAUGGACACCACUACUACACGUAAGCGUUCGCAUCCCAGCGAGCUCGGUAGUGAUGAUGAGGGUGCCUCGCGCAAGCUGCAAGCAGUCGGGACUGCGCCACACAUUGCAUCGACGACUAAAUUGCCGCCACGUGUCUCAGGUGAAGACGAUCGACACUUCACCCCGGCUAGUGGCAUUACCACCGAGGGCGAGUUUCAGCAGGUUCUUUCAAAGGCGCAGAAACGCCGCCAGCGUUCUGCGUUGCCACCGGGCCUAGCCGCGAACAGCGUCCCUUCUCCCGGGACCGAGCCUGCCGUCCCUCCUGCCGCACGACCUACGGCUCCCUGUAGUUCACCUGCGCCUACUGCACCUCCUGCCGUGGAUCCCGUUGCUACUGCCGGGGUUCCCACAACUUCUGUACCCACCUCGCCACUGACAGCCCGCACAGUGCUGUUUCGUCCGGCACACAACGGUGCCGCCUUUCCCCGUACCUCCCGCCUCGGCCUCGCGCAGGCGCUCUCCGCGCUGCCUGAAGUAAAGGAGCAAGAGUCCGAGGACCCGGAUGGUAUCCACUCUGGGGAUUUGUUCUCCGUUCCUCGUAUAGACGGCUAUGGGAACUUGAUCUAA